CAACAAUACAGAGUGGCCCAACUUCUCCAAUGCGCAACUGCUGUACGCUCGACGUGAAGGCGCUUCUCCCAAUCUCCCCUCCGACUCCCGUUCCUGCGCCCCAAACCCUAGGUCCGUUCGCGGCGGCGGUGGACUGCCAGUGGCAGCUCUCCGCUCGGCUUGGCUUGGGCAGCUGCCGCGCCGCGCACCUACGGGCAGCGGCUGGGCGGCCCGCGCUCGUGGCAGCACCCGCUGAGACUGAGACCGCCACCGGCGGUUCCUGGGCUGGAAGCCGGUGCAGCAGCAGGCAGUAGCCAUCUCGGCCGCCAGUUCCAAACCCUAACCGAGUAACCGCAGCCGCAGCCGCAGCCGCAGGGUGCAGGCACGCACCAGCCUCACGCCAGCCGCGCCGCCGCUCCGGCCAGCCGCACCCCGUGCCGGCCAGCUGCGCCCACGAAGGUGAAAAGCAGCUUUACUUGCCGGCUUGGUUUUAAGUACAAUUCACAUAUUAGGCUUGUGUCAUCAAGACCAUGACUAGUAUUUUGUGUAUAGGAAUCUCAACUUCUUUGCCGAGGUUUAUCGACAGUUGUAUUUGUUGGGAAAAGUAGCAGUUUGACUCUAUAUAAUAGAGAGUGCCAUGGACGGACCUGAGUCUAGUAGAGGUCGCAGUAAGCAGGAGGUUGAUGAUAAUGUUAAUGCAAGGAAUACUUGGAAGGAGGAGCAAGAAAAUCAGGAGAAUGUGGAUAGCAGAAAUUAUUCGGAUAUAUCCAGAAAACAUGGAUAUGAACAUGAAACUGGGCAUCAGGAUGAUAAUAGAAUGAUUACACCUUCAAAUGAUAGGAAUGAAUCAAGGAGGAAUCCAGAUAGAAGCUCAGGCCUGGCUCGAGGUGCCGACGAUGACGUCUAUAAUCUGAGAAGGGACUCACGAUCUCCUAAAGUUCAAAGGAGAAGCCCUGAUGAUUCCAAGGAUCGAGACUAUGAUAGAAGGAGGGGAAGAGGGGACAAUAAUGAUUGGGAACCUUCAAGAAGAUUUAGCCCUGAUGCUUCUGCUAGGAGUUCAGAGAGAAGAGAGGGUAGUAGGGAGAAGCAAGGACAACGGGAUCAAGAUGAAAGGGCAUCAGUCAGGAGGGUAGAUGAAGUUUAUGUUGAUGAAACUGGUGGUUCUCUUAGAGUUGACACAAGAGAAGCUUAUAGAGAUGAUAAAUCUGACAGAGGGAGGGAUAGGAAUUGGAAUGAGAAAACCCGAGACAUUGAAGGUUCUAAGGACUAUGGGAGGAACACUCAAUUACGAGAUACUAAGGAGCCAAAUGAUUUUGAAUGGAGGAAUGCACAGGAAAGGCUAGAUGGCGGGAAUUUCCAUGGCCGAACUGGAUAUCGGAGAGAUUCUAGGGGUAGAUCUGAAAGUAUUAGAGGUCCCUCAAACUAUGGGAACCGAUACGACAAUUCAGACUCAAUAGAGAUUCGACCUAAUAGUAAUCUUAACUUUGGAAGAGAGGGCUCUGUUUCUGGUAGAAGAUUUGAAACCGGAGCACACCGAGAUUCAGUACCUGGAGGAACUGAUGAUAAAUCCUCUGAUCAUCUUGAACCAGAUCCAAGUGGUAGCACAAGCAUGGUUUCUUCGUUUCCUCAACAAGGUCCAAAAGGCGAUAGGUCAUCUAGAGGAGGAAGGGGUAGACCAAAUGGAAGGGAUUCUCAAAGAAUUGGAGUUCCAAUGCCAAUCAUGCCUCCUCCAUUUGGUCCUCUUGGACUUCCACCAGGACCAAUGCAGCAUAUGGGGCCAAAUAUUCCCCAUUCUCCUGGUCCUCCUCUCCUACCUGGCGUUUUCAUGCCGCCAUUUCCAGGGCCUCUAGUGUGGCCUGGAGCUCGAGGUGUUGAUGUGAAUAUGCUUUCUGUUCCUCCCAACCUUACCAUUCCUCCAGUUGCUCCAGAACAUAGGUUUGCACCAAAUGUGGGAGCUGGGUCUAGUCAUAAUAUCCACUUAAAUCAAAUGGACACUGGGUUAGGUGGUCCAGCAGAUAUAUCAGGUUUGGGUUACAAUAAUAUGGGUCCUCAAAGCCGUGAAAUGCUCCAUGAUAAACCUGGUUGGAUGCCACAUAGGAACAGUGGACCAAACAGAAAAGCUCCUUCAAGGGGCGAACAAAAUGAUUACUCACAGAACUUUGUGGACACUGGCAUGAGGCCUCAAAAUUUCAUUAGAGAACUGGAUCUUACAAGCGUAGCAGAGGACUAUCCAAAGUUGAGAGAACUCAUACAGAGGAAAGAUGAAAUUGUUGCUAAGUCAGCUUCACCGCCAAUGUAUUACAAGUGUGACCUGCGGGAACAUGUUCUUUCUCCAGAGUUUUUUGGUACCAAGUUCGAUGUUAUUCUUGUGGAUCCUCCAUGGGAGGAGUAUACUCACCGUGCGCCAGGAAUCACAGAUCACAUAGAAUAUUGGACUGCUGAGGAGAUUAUGAAUUUGAAGAUUGAGGCUAUUGCAGAUACACCCUCCUUUGUGUUCCUUUGGGUUGGUGAUGGUGUAGGCCUUGAACAGGGUCGUCAGUGUUUAAAGAAGUGGGGAUUCCGUAGGUGUGAAGAUGUUUGCUGGGUGAAAACGAACAAGAAAAAUGCAGCUCCAAGUCUGCGGCAUGACUCACAUACAUUGUUGCAGCACUCAAAGGAGCAUUGCUUGAUGGGCAUAAAAGGAACUGUGCGGCGUAGCACGGAUGGCCAUGUCAUCCAUGCGAAUAUUGACACAGAUAUAAUAAUAGCUGAAGAACCAAUUGAUGGUUCAACAAAGAAGCCUGAGGACAUGUAUAGGAUCAUUGAGCAUUUCGCUCUUGGAAGGAGGCGGCUCGAACUCUUUGGAGAGGAUCAUAACAUCCGCCCGGGGUGGCUUACCCUUGGAAAAAAUCUAUCCUACUCCAACUUCAACAAAGAGGCAUACAUUAGGAGUUUUGCAGACAAGGAUGGGAAAGUAUGGCAAGGUGGCGGUGGCCGAAACCCUCCCCCAGAGGCUCCCCACCUCGUUGUGACAACACCGGAGAUCGAGAGCCUGCGGCCUAAGUCGCCUCCGGCAAAGAACUAACAGCCGUCGUCAAUUUUGUUACGCGGGCUACAAAUUUUUUUUUGGGGGGUGGUGGGGACAGUAGCUUUGACGGCUCUUUCUGAAGGUCCACAUGAGGCCUUAUGAACCUUCUGUCUACAGAAUAAAGGAUUUUGCCGGAUGGCCCUGUCUGUUAGCAAUUAUUAGUGACGCGAUGCAAGAACGAUUCAGUAUUUUCUCCAGUAAGGUUGAUGCUAAAUUUGGUCUGGUA